AUCCAGUCGCACUCUUCUCUUCCCUGUUCCAUUUUCUGAAAGGGGCAUUAGUAGAAUAGGGCUGGAAUUUACUUGACAUUUGCAAUGAGUCAGUUAGUCGAUACAAUGGUAAAGACCUCGGCCAAUGUCUUGUCUGGCCACACGUGUUUACUGAGUCUGUGAUUUCACCGGUUGCGGAUUUUACAGAGCAAUUCUGUCCUUGCAAAGUCACUAGAGCCCUUGGUUGCUUCUCUUUGCAACAGGAUGCUUAGGCUGUUUGUUGUCUUGGUUCUAGUCGGAUUGCUGUUAGCGUCCCUUGCUUCCUUGGUGAUUGACCGCUAUGACACGACUUUGCACCUCAAGCGGAGUUUGGGUCAGGUCAGCGGAGAAAAUGCUGCUAAGGCCACCGGUCCUCCAUAUCCGGGUAGUGAACUGAAUAACAUAUUUUGGUUUGUACAGGUAUCCGACAUUCAUAUCAGUCGCUUCCGUGACCCACGCCGCGUUCCCGAUUUUGAGAAGUUUUGCACUGAGACUAUUGACGUAAUCAAACCUGCUAUUGUGCUGGCAACAGGUGACCUGACAGACGCGAAGACAGAAAGUAAAGUGGGUUCCCUCCAGCAUGAAGUAGAGUGGCAAGCUUACCACAAUGUUUUGAAGAGGUCACAUGUUCUGGAACGCACCAAAUGGAUUGACAUUCGAGGAAACCAUGAUGCUUUUAACAUUAUUUCUCUGGAGAGUGUAAACAACUACUACAGAAAGUACUCGGCCAUACAGAAAGUGGGGUCAUUCCACUACGUCCACAGGGCUCCAUUUGGCAACUACUCCUUCAUCUGUGCAGAUGCUACCCUCACUCCUGGACCCAAGAGGCCUUAUAAUUUCUUUGGCAUUCUUGGUGAAGGCCAAAUGAAGCAGCUGGCGACAUUUCAAGCAGAGAGCCGUAGCAGCAACCAGACCAUCUGGUUUGGCCACUACACCACCUCCACUAUCAUCUCAUCCUCCCCCGGGAUCAGGGACUUGAUGAGUUCGGCUGUGGCAUACCUGUGCGGGCACCUACAUACCCUGGGGGGACUGAUGCCAGUCCUGCACAGCAGGCAUGCCUCCGGCACACUGGAGCUUGAACUCGCCGACUGGAUGGAAAACCGGAGGUAUCGCGUGCUGGCUUUUGAUCAUGACCUGCUGAGUUUUGCAGACAUGAAGUUUGACGAGUGGCCUGCAGUACUCAUCACCAACCCGAAGGAGGCACUCUACAUGAACCCUGGGGUUGAGCCUCUGGAACGAAUUCGGAGCUCCACACACAUCAGGAUCCUGGUGUUUUCUGUGGCCCCCAUUAGGGAGGUCCACGUCACUAUCGAUGGCACUCCCUGGGGGAUAGCUUACCCAGUUGGGGGUCCGCUCUAUGUGGUGCCCUGGGACCCCUCUGUCUUCAGCAGCGGCUUACACACAAUAUCCGUGAUGGUUGAGGAUGCAGCAGAGCGAGUGAAGGUUCAAGAGCAGCAGUUCACCCUGGAGGAGGACCUGACGCCCAGUUUUGGCUUUUUCCAGUCUUUUAUUCUUCUCACUGACCACUACAUCCUGGGACGUGUUGGAUUCCUGACUCUUGUGCUGCUCAAUGUUGGUAUUCUCGUGGUGUUCAGAUUCCAGCGUGUUCCAGUGUCCAGAGGUGUUUUUACUCCGGUGUACACAUCUCUGCACCUCGUCAGCAAAACGGACCCGUUCUACUACUCUCUGCUCCUCUUCAACCUGUGCACAGCACUAGGUCCCUGGUUCAUCGGUGAGGUGAUUGACGGACACAGUGGUGCUUGUUUUGCGUUUGGAGUGUUUGUUGACGGACACUUCCUAGAGGGCAGCCUUACCUACGUUGUUGGAUUUCUCCAGCUGGCCUUCUUCAACAUCCCUCUCAACUUCUACCUUUGCUGGAGCCUCCACCUGCGCUCUCGUGGCAUCUCCCUCAGCUCGCACUUCUGCCGUUCGGGGUGCCGGCGCUGGACGAUGCUGGUGCACCUGGGCAUGCUGGCGCUGCUGCUGUGGCAGGCCUACUCCUGCUACUUCCUGCUGGAGGCCUACGGCGUGCUGGCUUUCUUCCUGUCGCCCGUGCGCACCUGGGCGCUGCUGCUGAGCCUCCUGCUGGUCUACCGUGCCUGGAAGGGCCCCGUCCCCCACCUCCACAGCAAAACCAGCCUGACCUCGUGACCCUGCGUUCACGCUAAUGCUAGCAGGCCGGUUUGGAUUUGGACUGCAUUCAUUUGGGCUACAUCCUAACUUCCACAGUGAUGAUGUUUUUUUUUUUUGGUAGGAUCACUAUUAUUUCAGAUGUUCAGGUGCCAAUUUUUUUUUUUUUUCUCUCCUUCUCUGUAUCGUCCCUGAUAAUUAUUUGUACUGUGACUGGGUCCUGUACUGCUGAGGUCUCAGUCUGUUGAGCUGAGGUCAAUCAUUUCUGAUGAUUCCAGGGUAAGGGUAAGUGUAGGCUUUCACGUUGACAAAUCAUACCUCUCCAAAACAAUGCUUAGCUGAUAGGUUUACUCGUCCUGUCCUAACCAAUGCCAUUAGUCCGGCCGGUCGGACUUGUACCCGGUGCCAACGCAUGACCAACACUGCCAACCAACUCCUCUGACAAUCAACUCCUCUGACAAUCUCUCCCCAACACACACUCAGCAAAAUCAGCAAAAAUUGAGUUAAAUAUUCCAGCAUAUAUUGGGCUUCGUCAUGUACAUGUGUGACAAUGUUUGCCAAUUGAAGAAAACGUCUUUGGUGAAUUUGCAGUGCUUCUGUAUGUUUGAGCCAUUUGGUUAUGAGGGUAUUGAUGUUCUAUUCCCCAGUGUUUCUCCCUUAGCACAGACAUUGCCAUGUGCCGUGAGAUUGGCGUGGGGUAAAGACUUAUGCUAGUUAAGCGUUCCUAUUCUGAGACCUUUCUUUAGGGGAGACACAUUAUUUAUUAAAGGUACAGUGUGUAGUUUUUAGUGGCAUCUAUUACUAGAAAUGGAAUAAAGUAGUCAAAACUAUGUUUCAUUAGUGUAUAAUUACAUGUAACUAUGAAUUGUUGUGCUUUAGUUAGCUUAGAAGUAGCCCUUCGUGUCUACACAGGGAGCCAGUCCUCUUACACGGAGUCUGCCAUGUUUCUACAGUGGCCCAGAACGGACAAACCAUAACACUGGCUCGAGAUGGGGGUUUUUGCGUUGUUAUGGCAUUUGAUAGACUCACACACUUGUAAAGGGAAUGGUAUUCAGCCGGUUGCAAUUCAACCGCCUCACCACUUGAUGCCACUAAAAACUGAAUCUUACUUUUAAGAGUGUUGUUGGUGGAUAUGUUCAUCAGUAAACGAAUUAUUCAGGACUUACUUAAUAGGUAAUUGCUAAGGAAUUUAUCCUGUGGUUUCCAGUGGCAACUUUACAUUUAAUUUUCAAGGUUUAAUGUGAAAGUCCCUGAAAAAUCCCUGGAAAUUACUAUAGAAAUAAAUUAUUUUAAAUGACCAAGAUCAAUUAAAUGACUAUGGACAGCCAAAUUCAAGUUAAAGUGUGACUUAAAUGUGUUAUAAACUAAAUGAUAUGACUGUGCUGUGAUGAAACACAUCAUUGCAUCUGUUGAUAUUGACAAAAUUCACAUUUUUAUAAAAAUCUGCAUUUUAUGGGUUGAAAAUGGCUCACCACGCCAUCUACUGUUUAAAAUCAUCUUGAACCUUGUAAGGCUGAUGCUGACGUAGAGUCAACCAUAUGGGACUUCUCUAUGUCAUGGAAUGGGCGGCCCACUUCCCCCAGCCCCCGCCCCUGAGUGUGAGCCUCAUUGUCAUUUGCUGAUGGCGACUCACAGGAGUUUACUCUCAGCCUGUUGCCCACUUUUUAAAACUACGUAGUGGGUUGAGUUGGCCUUAGAGUAGGGGGUGAGGUUACACUUUAAUCCCACACUACAGGGUGGCAUCCUAACCCAAACUGUCCUUCGGUGAUCUACCCUACGGAACAUUCAUCCUUUUGCUACUUAAGAGCAACAGUAGUUGAACACAUUCAAACGAUGCAAGUGCCGCUUGUUUUCUUUAUGGGUGUGACCUGAGGACAAUAAUGUAGCAAACUUGUUUUAAGCUGAUUUCUAAAAAAAAAAAAAAACAUUUUCUUUUGCACAAGAUAAAGAUAGACAAUGCUUUUAAAAGGUUUGGUUGGCAUUGCUUUGAAUGAAUUGUGGGAAUAAUGCACUACUAGGAGGCAAGCAGGAGAGAAUGGGCAUUCAAACAAAGGAUCUCCCUCCAUUUUGAAAAGAACCUAUGGUUUCCGGCCUUCACCUGGUGACACUUGGCCAGAGUAAGCCCAGAGAAGCAUUGUCUCCCCACUCCCCUGAGGCGGGGUGAGCCGUCAGGUCUUUUCAUUCUUUCUUUUUUUUGCUGUUUCAUGUCAGUCUUUUCAGCUGGCAUUUCUGCUGUCUCAGGAAUGUAGAUGCUGACACCUGGAAAUCUAUUGGCAGUCUAAUGGAUUUGAAAUCAAAUUUGGAAUAGGAGGCUGUUGUUCUUUAACUUUUUAGAAAUAUUUUAAUUCAUGAUAGUAAUACUUAUCAUGGGCAUGAAAUGACAUUCAGGUUUGAUUUGUGUUUGUUAAAUGUGACUUGUGGUGAUGAAAACAAAUAUGAAUGUUUUACCCACUAUCGUUUUAAUAAUUUAUUGAAAAAAAUAGUUUUACUUGAUCUUCCACAUUAUUUAUUCUUGUGAGUUCCUUUGGGUUUAUACUGUUGGUGGAUGUUUUGAUGAACAUACAAAUUCAUGUUUUUGUAACAUUAUUGUGACUGAAAAUAAAUGGGUUUUGACCACU